AUGGCGGAUCUAAAUACUCCAGCUCACUCAAGCACACUCGAAAAGGCUACAAACAGUACGAAACUGAAGGGAACAAGCAGAACACAGCAGAUGGAGAAAGUGAUGAAAGCCCCAACGGAAUUAUUUGAGGCUGGUGAGCAGCCAACACAGGAGGCAAAUGGGGUUAGGGCAAGAGGAUGGUGCCACGUGGCGGAAAAGGUUGUUUCUCCACCACAAACUCGGUGUUGGGAACUGAGUCUGCUGGGCCGAGUCUUGGAAAAAACUUUUGCCUCGUCAGCGGACGUGGGUCCCACAGAUAAAUGA